ACUCCCCGUGCUCAUGGAGCAGCAGUAGCCUAGAAUCAGUCAGUUUCACUGCACGAGAGACGCGUCCCACACUGCUCACGGGACAUACACAGACAAAAGCGCCGGGGAAGGCAACACGCGAAUCAUCUUUCCCAAUUUUUUUAGAGCGGGAUAUCGCUUUGCCUUCAAAGGUGGAUUAAAAGGGAUAUUUUAAUCAAGAGCUGAGGGGGUGCUGUCCAAAAUGGAGGUGAAGACAUCACUUCUCGACAAUAUGAUAGGGGUGGGAGAUAUGGUCCUCCUUGAGCCCUUGUCAGAAGACACCUUCAUUGAGAAUCUAAAAAAGCGGUUCGAUCACAACGAGAUCUAUACAUACAUUGGCAGUGUGGUGAUCUCAAUGAACCCCUACAAGUCCCUGUCCAUCUACACAGCAGAAAAGGUGGAGGAGUAUCGCAACAGAAACUUCUAUGAGCUCAGUCCACACAUUUAUGCUCUGGCAGAUGAGGCCUACCGGUCCCUGCGGGAUCAAGAUAAAGACCAGUGUAUUCUCAUCACUGGAGAGAGCGGGGCAGGAAAGACGGAGGCCAGUAAGUUUGUGAUGUCAUAUGUGGCGGCAGUGUGUGGGAAGGGCCAGGAGGUGAACAAAGUGAAGGAACAGCUGCUUCAGUCCAAUCCUGUGCUUGAAGCUUUUGGUAACGCCAAAACCGUGAGGAAUGACAACUCGUCUCGAUUUGGAAAGUACAUGGAUAUCGAGUUUGACUUCAAAGGAGACCCCAUUGGUGGAGUCAUCAGUAAUUAUCUCUUGGAGAAAUCCCGUGUGGUAAAGCAGUCCAGGGGUGAGAGGAAUUUCCACAUCUUCUACCAGCUGCUUUCUGGAGCAUCAGAUGACUUGCUCAAAAAACUGAAGCUGGACCGAGACUUCAGCAAAUACAACUACCUUAGCUUGGAUUCGGCAACAGUCAAUGGAUUGGACGAUGCUGCCAGUUUCAGAACAGUCAGAAAUGCCAUGCAAAUUGUGGGCUUCAUGGAGGAUGAGGUUCAGUCAAUAUUUGAGCUGGUGGCUGCCGCUCUCAAGCUAGGAAAUAUAGAGUUUAAACCAGAGUCUCGCGUCAACGGGUUUGAUGAGAGUCGCGUAAAGGACAAGAACGACCUCAAGGAGAUGUGUGAGCUGCUAGGCAUUGAACAGUCUGUGCUAGAGAGAGCGUUCAGCUUUCGUACGGUGGAGGCUAAGAUGGAGAAGGUGUCCACCACGCUCAACGUGGCUCAGGCCUAUUAUGCCCGUGAUGCUCUUGCCAAAAACCUCUACAGCCGAAUGUUCAGCUGGCUGGUGAACCGAAUCAAUGAAAGCAUUAAGGCUCAAACCAAGAAACCGAAGAAAGUUAUGGGAGUCCUGGAUAUUUACGGUUUUGAAAUCUUUGAGGAUGGAGACAACAGUUUUGAACAGUUCAUCAUCAACUACUGCAAUGAGAAACUCCAGCAAAUCUUCAUCGAGCUUACUCUCCGCGAAGAGCAGGAGGAGUAUAUCCGGGAGGGUAUUGAGUGGACCAACAUUGAGUAUUUCAACAACGCCAUCAUAUGUGACCUCAUCGAAAAUAACCAGAAUGGGAUUUUGGCCAUGUUGGAUGAGGAGUGUUUGAGGCCAGGCACAGUGACAGAUGAGACAUUCCUAGACAAGCUGAACACCGUAUGCGCUGAACACCAGCAUUUUGAGAGCAGACGGAGCAAAAACUCCAAAUUCCUCACAGACCACAGCCUUCCACACAACUGCUUCCGCAUCCAGCACUAUGCUGGAAAGGUGGUGUAUCGGGCGGAGGGAUUUGUGGAUAAAAACAAUGACCUCCUCUACAGAGAUUUAUCCCAGGCCAUGUACAAAGCCAAUCACAGUCUGAUGAAGCUUCUCUUUCCUGAGGGAAAUCCAGCUAAAGUGAACCUUAAGCGGCCCCCCACAGCUGGAUUCCAGUUCAAAGCCUCAGUGGGAACGCUCAUGAAGAACCUGCUGACCAAGAACCCCAACUAUAUCAGGUGCAUCAAACCCAAUGACAAGAAAGCAGCCCACAUUUUCACAGACUCACUAGUGUGUCACCAAGUGCGCUACUUGGGUCUGAUGGAGAAUGUACGCGUAAGAAGGGCUGGUUAUGCUUUCCGCCAGGCCUAUGAGUCUUGCCUGGAGCGCUACAAGAUGCUCUGUAAGCAGACCUGGCCCCACUGGAGGGGCCCAGCCAGGGAGGGUGUCAAGGUUCUCCUGACAGGUCUGCAGGUUAAUGCAGAGGAGUUUGCCUAUGGCCGUUCGAAGAUCUUCAUCAGGAACCCCAGAACGCUUUUCUUCUUAGAAGAAAAGAGAAGACAGUGCCUAGAGGACCUGGCAACACUCAUCCAGAAGAUCUACCGUGGCUGGAAGUGCCGCACUCACUUUCUCCUGAUGAAGAAGAGCCAGGUGGUGGUCUCCGCCUGGUACCGAAGAUUUGCGCAACAAAAGAAGUACCAGAAAAUCAGGUGCUCUGCCUUAGUGGUUCAGUCAUUCAUCCGUGGAUGGAAGGCCCGGAAGCUUCUGCGUGAACUGAAACACAAGAAGCGGUGCGAACAGGCCGUCACGACUAUUUCAGCCUUCUGGCAUGGAACUCAGGCUCGCUGGGAACUGCGGCGUCUUAAGGAAGAGGCACGGAAUAAACACGCCGUGUCUGUCAUUUGGGCAGCUUGGCUUGGAACUAAGGCUCGAAGAGAACUGCGGCGCUUAAAGCAUGAAGCUUGCAGUAAACAGGCCGUGUCUGUCAUUUGGGCCUGCUGGCAAGGAACUAAGGCACGUAGAGAGCUGAAGCGCUUGAAGGAGGAAGCCAGGCGUAAGCACGCCAUUGCUGUCAUUUGGGCCUACUGGUUGGGACUAAAGGUCCGUCGGGAAUACAGAAAGUUCUUCAGAGCUAAUGCUGGCAAGAAGAUCUAUGACUUCACCAUCCAGAGAAUUAUGCAGAAGUACUUCCUUGGCUUGAAGAAGACGAUGACUUCCAUGUCUCCGAUUGAUAAGAGCUGGCCAGCUCGGCCCUAUGGUUUCCUGGAUGGGACACACAAAGAACUCAAGAGGGUUUUCCAUCUGUGGAGGUGUAAGAAAUACCGCAGCCAGUUCACUGAAGAAAAGAAGGCUACCUAUGAGGAGAAGCUUGCAGCUAGUGAACUCUUCAAAGAUAAGAAGGCCUUGUAUCCUAGCAGUGUGGGGCAGCCUUUCAAAGGAGACUAUGUGGAGAUAACCAAAAACCCAAAGUACCAGAAGCUAAACAGCUUGGCAGAGGAUAGAGUUCUUCUUGCAGAUGUGGUCAGUAAAAUCAACCGUGCCAAUGGCAAGGGAGCUCCAAGAAUAUUCCUCCUGACCAAGAAGAGUUUGGUUCUUGCGGAUCAGAAGACAGGCCAGGUGAAGGCCAGCGUUCCUCUGCUAGACCUCAGCAGUGUGUCUGUGAGCACGCAUAACGAUGGCUUUUUCGCUCUUAAGCUCAAAGAGGGUGCCGUGUCUGCAGCCAAAGGUGACUUCCUGCUGAGCAGCGACCGACUGAUUGAGAUUAUCACCAAACUUCAUCGCACCGGUGCAGCUUCAGCUGACAGGAACCAGAUCAAGAUCGAUAUUUCAGAUGAGUUCUUAGUGCAGUUCAAACAGGACAAAGUGUGUGUAAAAUUCAUCCAGGGUACACCAAAGAACGGCAACAGUGUCGCCUGCAAACGUAAAAACAACCGCCUUCUGGAAGUGUCAGUUCCGUCACCAUAAGGAAGGGGUCAGAUCGGUCAUCUCUGAGAUUUUUCACCCUCCCCCAAUCCCGUAAUCAUUGUGCAAUUAUGUUGAUCCUGUCAUUGUCAUUUCUUAUUCUAUAGUCAAAUCAGCAGUUCUAAAGAUUUUACUGCAUCCCUGAUUUUAAUGGUUGGAUUGAAGUCCAUUGUUCGCUCGUCCUAAUUCUUGGGACUCACAAGAAUUAGUCUUUAAUUGAAAUAACAAUAAAAAAACACUAUGAUAACAACUAGACGCUUUCUGGCCGACAUCGGCUGAAGAUUUGCUUGGUGAAUCUCACCUCAUGCUUUGCUCAACUAAUUUUAGUUGUCAUACUCGGGGUGAAACUAUGUAAAUGGAGAUGCUGAAAGGUUUUUGCUGAGCUCAAAAAUGUAUGAUUGCACUUUUUCACUGGGGUGGUGGUCAGGAAAGACUGACUGGUUGGUUGAUGUGUUCUAUUCUCAUUUUGUUUCUCUAGUGCUGAACAGUAAUUUAUUAGAAAACUUGCCAAAUCAUAAGGCAUUUUGCGAUCUAAAAUAUUGUGCCAUUUAGCCCAGGACAAAGAAAUGACCUUGUAGAUGUUAUAGUGUAGACACUUUCUUAUUUAUAAGCCAAAUAAUGAUUCAUUUUCAUGAUAAAUGCCAAACAAUAUCAUUUGAAUCCUGCUUUUUAACAUGUAAAUCAGCAUGUAAACAUGGUUAUCAAUGCUUACUUGGUUCUUUUCAUACAUUAUUCCACUUAUAAACCACUUCCCCACAAUUUGAACGUGUCACUAAAAUGCGGCGUAUUAUUCCUGCAUUGUUCGUAUAUAUAUUUAUGCAGUUCAUCGUUAGAUUUCACAGGGCCCAAAGACCGUCCACAGCCUGCAUUUAUAAUGAAAUCUCCAAUGCUCGAAAGAUCUCCCCUAAAAACUAGACAACCAUUAUGCAUAUGUGGAAAUGCCUCCAUGCAGCAGGAAGACUUGGUUCUCACAUCUGGGAUUACUUAGAUCGGUUAAGACCAUCUGUGAGCGCUUGUUUCGGAAGGCCUCAUAGAAGAACGCUAAUAACCGGAACGCUGGUACGAUCUUUGCUAAGUCGCUUCAGUGUGCCCCUUUACUUACAAGUACUUACAACUGCUCAUGUAAAUGCAGCUUUAUGUAAAGAGGCUAAUUAUAGUAGGUGGUAUUGUCUUAUAGCUGUAUAUUGGCAAAAUCUAUAUGCUUUUUUGCCACUGGAAUGUGGGCGGCAUCAUUUUUAUUUUUGGUUGAUCACAUCUGCUAAUAAUAAAUGGAUUAUUUUUAUUUUUUCUUAAGGUCGGACCCACGUUUUUUUUUUUUGUUGUUGUUUUUUUUGAGUGCAAGCAGCAAUGCAUUCUUUGGAUGCAAAGCAAACAGUGGACUCUCCUUAAGUAAAUGCUGUUUACCAAGAUUUUGGAUGAUACUUUUUCAGUCGUAUUUAAUGUGAUAUUUUCUCACAGUUUUAGUGGACUUUUUGUACUCCUAAACUUCUGAAGACAAGGCCCACCAAUGUAACUAUUUCUGCUUCAGUUAUACUUCUUGAUGUUUUUGUCAUUUCACAGUAAAAACAUUAAUAGAGUUUAGGGGAAGUGAUUAUCUUCCUCUUCAGUACAGGACAAUUGUGGAAGCUACUUUUAAUUCUGCAUUGUUUGUCUUUCAUGCAGUAAGCUCUGGGCUCUUCUCCUCCUCUUCCAUGUCAGAAGUUUGAAUUGAAAGUGGAAAAUAUAUGUUGUAUGCAUUUUGUGUGCCUAAAUGUAACCUGUUCUGAAACAAAAUAUGAAAGUGUUUCAUUAACUACUAAGUGUAAUAAAUGACAAGUAAUCUUUUUUUUUUUUUUUUUUUUUUGUAAAUUAA